GAAUGAACAGCCUCCUGCUAAAGCUGCUACUAUGUGUAGCCAUUACUGCUGCCUUCCCAGCAGAUAAACAAGAUGAGCCCCCAGCAACAAAGGAAGAAAUGGCAGAGAAUUACUUGAAGAGAUUUUACAGUCUUGGAACUGAUGGGGGACCAGUUGGAAGAAAGAAACACAUCCAACCUUUCACUGAAAAGCUCCAGCAGAUGCAGAAGUUUUUUGGCUUAAAGGUGACAGGAACAUUGGACCCCAAGACUGUAGAAGUAAUGGAGAAACCCAGAUGUGGAGUCUAUGAUGUUGGCCAGUACAGCACAGUCGCAAAAAGUUCUGCAUGGCAGAAGAAGGAUCUGACCUACAGAAUUCUAAACUUCACUCCUGACCUGCCUCAGGCUGAUGUGGAGACUGCCAUACAAAGAGCUUUCAAAGUCUGGAGUGACGUGACACCUUUGACCUUUACCAGAAUCUAUAAUGAAGUAUCAGAUAUAGAAAUCUCCUUUACAGCUGGAGAUCACAAAGACAAUUCUCCUUUUGAUGGAUCUGGUGGCAUUUUGGCCCAUGCCUUUCAGCCUGGCAAUGGCAUUGGUGGAGAUGCCCAUUUUGAUGAAGAUGAAACCUGGACAAAGACCAGUGAAAUAUACAAUCUGUUUCUUGUUGCUGCUCAUGAAUUUGGACACUCGCUGGGGCUUUCUCAUUCCACUGAUCAGGGUGCUUUGAUGUAUCCAACAUACUCAAAUACCGACCCCAAGACAUUUCAGCUUCCUCAAGAUGAUAUCAAUGCUAUACAGUAUCUAUAUGGAAAAUCCUCCAAUCCAGUCCAACCAACCGGACCAUCCACUCCUUCCAGAUGUGAUCCAAAUGUUGUUUUCAAUGCUGUCACCACCAUGAGAGGAGAACUGAUUUUCUUUGUGAAGAGGUUUUUAUGGAGGAAGCAUCCCCAAGCAUCCGAGGCUGAACUCAUGUUUGUUCAAGCAUUCUGGCCAUCGCUGCCCACUAAUAUUGAUGCGGCGUAUGAAAAUCCUAUAACGGAGCAGAUCCUUGUGUUUAAAGGAUCAAAAUAUACAGCUCUGGACGGCUUCGAUGUAGUACAAGGUUACCCCAGGAACAUCUACAGCCUGGGAUUUCCAAAGACCGUGAAAAGAAUUGAUGCGGCUGUUCAUAUUGAACAACUAGGGAAAACAUAUUUCUUUGCAGCUAAGAAAUACUGGAGUUAUGAUGAAGAUAAAAAACAAAUGGACAAAGGCUUUCCAAAGCAAAUAAGCAACGAUUUCCCGGGAAUUCCUGAUAAAAUUGAUGCAGCUUUUUAUUACAGAGGCCGCCUGUAUUUCUUCAUUGGAAGGAGCCAGUUUGAAUACAAUAUCAACUCUAAAAGAAUCGUACAGGUCUUAAGAAGCAACAGCUGGUUGGGCUGUUAAUAAGACGGACCCCAAGCUCUGUAACAAGGGCAACGAUGAAUGUGAUGGCAGCUCAUUUCUGCACCUGCCGUGUGACCAAUAUUAUUUAAAAUCAUUUCCUUUGAAUGUUUGACUUUAUUUAAUCUUUAUGAAUUAAUAUUUUGUACUCAUGUUGUUUUAAUAAAAACGUUUUGUUUAAA